AUGGCGUCUCCCACCACGCCUCGAUUCUCCCACUCCCGCGAGAGCUCGGGCUUCGACUUCUCCCACUCACCCCACGAGAGGCGCCAGUCCCGCAGUUCGCUUGCGGGCCCCGACCCCGGCACCCCACUACGGAGUAGCUUCAACCAAGGCGAGGGCGACGGCAUGUUCAACACCAGCGGCAUGGGUCUCGCCGACACCGACGGCGGCAACGGACUGGGCAACCUCGCAGACGAGCUGGCAGAUGCUCUGUCGGACGGCGAGGAUGACUACUACGACCCGAACGGAGCACCCGGCAUCAGCGUGGACACAGGCGACGAGGACAGCGGGGACCAAAGCGACGCACAGAGACAAGAUGGGAUACGAGACAGCGGGGUAGACGUUGGGAGCCCGGACGGCCGCAAGAGCAAGCACAUGAGCCUGACGCUCCCACCGGCGAUGAACGGCCGUGGCCACCGCAGGAAGCCAAGUGAUUACGACGGCAGCGAGUAUGGCUCUGAGUCAGACCUUGAGUCUCCGGGCAUGUCGGCCACGCUUGUCGCCAGGAUGGACGCCGUCGAGUCGCUCGCCCGGCGAGGGACAGAGAAUAACGGAGGACACACAGACGGAGUAUUCAAAAGGGUGACGGACGGUCUGCGGGAUCUCGCUCCGCAGUCUACCGUCGAGAGCAACACCACGAGGCUCAUAACCGCACACUCGGCCCUCACGUCACACCUCACGCACCAGACCCGCCAGCUACAGAACCUCACCUUCCCGCUGCUCAACCCACUCGCCAUACCACCCGAUUCCGAGACGAUAGACUCGCUCCUACCGGAGCUCACCACAUUACAGGAGAUGAUGCCGAGGCCGUCACAAGCUGCCUUUUCGAGCAUCAUGGGCCUGCAGAACCUGACCAACGACCUGGUACAGACUCUGUCGUAUCUAUCCGACACUCUGCACAUGUCACGACAGACAUCGACCACUGCGACAAGGAGGCUGAAAAGUGCGAAAGAGCUGGUGGCUGAACUGAAGAGGGACGAGGAGCUGAGGGAAGAGGGCGAGACGUGGCUGGCCAAGGGCAACUGGGGCGAGAGGCUGGAAAAGAGGGAAUGCGCGAGCGUGUGCGGCGACAUUGUGGGCGGGUUCGAAGAAGUGUGUGACAGCUGGAGGACGAGACUGGCCCAGACGGAGACUUCCCCUGCCUAA